AUGCAUAGAGGCGGAUAUAAGAACUGGCGGUUCAAGGCACACAAGACUUUCCAUCAAGGGAGGAAGUCGACCUGGGACGAGAGCAAUCUGGAUGCCACAGGGCAUCUAGCAUCCGGACCAGGCGGUGCGAAGAAGACACCUGCGAGUGACAUACCAUUCAAGAACCUAGCCGUGGACGUGCGACAUGAACCUCAAGGUUAUGACGCGCUGGAUUUGACACGAAUGGUCGGAUACUGCAUCAAUAAUCCACACGAACCAUGGUUUUACCCCCGCGACUACAAUGCGGUGUUGCGGCUUGUGGGCGGCGCAGCUCCCAUUCGACACGAACAUAGCGAUCGGCAGGCCUUCAGGCGACGGAUCGAGGUGAGCCCUCCACCACCACUGAGCGCGUCGACAAAUUCCCUGCUUGUAAUAGAUGGAAGAAACAAAAAAGGCAGAAGGAAGAACUCGGGUAGCAUCGUAGGAGAUAUAUUAGCAUUGAAUAAACGGAAGAGACCAGACACGCUGUUAACAGCAACUCCAUCAAUAUGCGAGACAGUAGCACCAAAGACACAGCAGGAGGGCAAGAAAACUAAAGGCAGGCUAAAGAGAACAGUAAGGAUUGAAGAAGAGCAAGAGUUCGCGAGAAUUGCUAGAGAGGACGAAGAUGUGAUGAUCCAGGCUAGUCAAUACCUUCUGGCGACAGCAUAUGUCGCUCCUCCAGGAAACGCGAUCAUGCCCUGGGAGGUAGCAACUGAAUCAGACGACGAAGCAAUUGACUUAGCGUUCGCACGCGGAGGUCAAGUGGGUGAGAGUGGUCCGCAUAGCGCUUAUGCUUUUGGUGGCCCUCGUCGUUCCCCACCAUAUCGACAGCUCUAUCGCAUCGAUCUUCCAGAUCCAGCAGACGUAAGCGCAUGGGCAGAAAAUCUGCGGUGGGCUUUUGCGCAGAACACGCUCUUCCGCUGCCCAUGCCGCCCUGACGCCUGGAACGAGAGUUCAGAACACAUGGAGUACAUUGUGCAGAUUCGGGGAGAUCGGGGCUGGAAGUCGGAUGAGUUCCUCGCUGAGGAAGAGAAGUAG